UGCUCGGCUCACUGCACGCCACGAAAGUGAGCGCGCGACACGCGUUAUUUAUGAAAAAAAAAAUCCGCCAAAAAUCCUCCGACAUCGCUCAGUAAAAUAUAUAAUUACUUUUUGGUAACACAGAAACAGGAACUCUAAACCUAAAUAAUAAUAAAAAAGUAAACGUUGCGUUCGAAAUUAUAAAAAUCCGUGUUCUUUCGCGCGCGUAUCCCGAAAUUCGAAUCUGACAUCUCGUAUUGCGUUCGGAAAUUCCUCUUUUAUUUUUUUAAAUUUUUCGGUGGUUCGGUAGGUAGUGCGUUGAACUUGAGUGCAGCGGCCGCGUCCUCGGUUUCAUAAGUGAUUAAACGAUGUUGCCCGCUUAAGUGAAAGUGCAGUGACGUAAGCGUUACAUUAGAACUGGCAUUAUGGCGAGCACUAUUAGGUUAGGGAAGUGCUGCAUCUUUAUGGUUGUCGGUAUUCUAUAUCUAACUGUAAUUGCAAAAUGUCAGCACCCAGCUCACACGGUAUCAUUCGUGCAGCCGAAUCAACUUUCAUAUCCAUAUAUCCAAUCGGGUCAUCCACCGUGGCAUCAGUUCACAUCCCCGCGGAAAAGAUCACCUGACAUUCAACAAUACUAUAAUGGUCCAUACAAUCAACAAUACAACCAAUAUUCGUACAACCAAAGACCCUAUCAACAUCCAGAGACACUCCAAACGUACCCUCAAGCCUAUGACACGAGGCCAUCUAUCGAUUUAAUAAACACAGAGUCGAGGAACACCCAAAACGACGGAAGACUUCUAUCACAAUCUGCUUUUACAAGAAUAUCUGAAACUUUAGGAGCCAUUAACACUGUUGGUCAUUACUUGAUUGAUAUAGUAAAUGAGAACGAUAGAAAUGAAUCUGACCCAAACUUGCAACAACUACCACAAGCGUUGUAUACAAUAAGCAAGAACGUUUUAGGAAGGAACGUGACAGAUAAAAUUGCGCCUAUAGUCAAGAAAGCGUUGCCUAAAGUUUUACCUGAUGCACCGAUUACGAGAAUAGCAACAGGUGACUUGGAUAGAAAUGACGCUAAAGCUUGUACAACACCAGAAGGAGAGGAAGGCAUUUGCGAGGAUCUGAGCAACUGUCCGCAACUGCUCCUUAACCUAGUAAAUCUUCGUGAAUCACUAUGUUUUAAGGAUUUAUUCGUGCCUGGAGUGUGUUGUCCUCGAGAUGCUGUAGUUCCAGCUACACAGGCUGUUGAGAAGCCAAUUGUAUCUACAACCAGCAAACCGACAUAUUUGAUUCCUGUUACAACGCAACGGCCUAUUCCAAAACCUACAACAACAAAGAAACCGUCUGCUAUCCUAGUUUUGACCACUAAAAGGCCAAAGCCCACAAUCACUACUACUCCUAGGCCUACCACUACAGUACCUACAACAACGACUACAAGAAUACCUUCAACGACUAGCUACUAUACGUUGCCACCUCCUUUCAUCGCGAACUACUCCACGGUUGUUGAUGUAAAUGACUGUGGGCAGAGAGAAGACGAAGGUGGCAGAAUAGUGGGCGGUACGGAGUCUAAGCCUGGCGCGUGGCCAUGGAUGGCUGCUAUAUACCUGCACGGCAGCAAGCGACGCGAGUUCUGGUGCGGAGGUACCCUGGUCGGCAGGAGACAUGUCUUGACUGCUGCACAUUGCACGCGGGACUCCAAGCAGAGGCCCUUCCCAGCGCGUCAGUUCAGUGUACGUCUGGGAGACGUGGACCUGUCACGAGACGACGAGCCGUCCCGCCCCAUCACCCUGCGUGUGAGCGCCGUGCGAGCUCACGACCAGUUCUCCAGGGUUGGCUACUACAAUGAUAUUGCUGUGCUAGUGUUGGCUGAAAACGUCCACAAAUCAAAAUACGUGAUACCAAUCUGCCUACCACACGGGGAGCUAUCAAGACAGCAGUUUGACGGCUCAGUAGCUACCGUGGUAGGAUGGGGCACCACGAGAUACGGUGGUGGAGAGAGCUCAAGACAGUUGGAAGCAAAGCUGCCUGUAUGGAGGAACGAGGACUGUGACAGAGCAUACUUCCAACCAAUUACUGACACUUUCCUAUGUGCUGGAUAUCCUAGGGGAGGUGUUGAUGCUUGUCAGGGAGACUCCGGUGGUCCUCUCAUGUUACUCGCCAACGGUCGCUGGACGCAGAUCGGUGUAGUUUCGUUCGGAAACAAGUGCGGCGAGCCGGGGUACCCGGGCGUCUAUACCCGGGUCACGCAGUAUCUGAGCUGGCUGCAACAAAACUUAGUUUAAUAAUAAAUUAAUAGGCAAAUCUUUGAAAAACUAUUUCAUGUGGUUCGUUCGUGCUUCUCGUAGCAUGUUUAGAAACCC